AUGUUAAAGAAAAAGCGAGCUAUUUUGAAAAUGUCAGAAAGUGAGCUCGAAGCUGUGGUUAAGGUCAUUUCACCUGGCCGAUCCCUUCAAAAGCGCUCAAAAUCAGAUCUUCAGGAGGAAGUAAUCCGUUGGGUUUUGGAGAAUGGUUUAAGAGUGAGUCAUGAAUUCACAGUAAUUGAAAUGGACGAUGGUAAUUAUGGUGUGAUUGUUGAUAAAAAUGGAUGCACCUGUUGUCAGAAAUUAAUGUCAUCAAGUGCGAAUCAACACAUUAGAGAAGACAUAAAGAAGAAAUCGGCGAAUAAUUUGCCAUCUGAAAUGGCUGAAUCAAUUCGUAUGGAAGAGAGAAAUCACAUCCAAACCAAAGCUAAUCCAACGCCUUCCCGACAACACGGCCCAAAAGAAGUAAUUAUUGGCACUCAACCAUUACCGACAAUUUUAUCAUCCAAUGAUAUCACAACAAGGAUCAAUGAAGACUGUAAAACGGAACCGGAAGAGCACAGUAAACAACAGAAAGACGUACUCUCUCAAUGUUGCGCCGAAUUAGGAAGUUGCUGUAUUUCACUGCUCAGUAACUGUUGA